AUGGGGGUAGCUACAUUAUCUGUUCAGGCUGUGAUGCUUCUCGGCGGUCUAUUGAGCCUUUAUAUCUUCAAGAUUAUCACCGGUUAUGCUAGGUUGAGGCAGUUUCGGGGCCCUUCAUGGACCGGUAUCUCGAACUGGCCUCAUAGCAUAGCGAUCCUUGGAGGCAAUUGCCACGAGUGGUAUGCAGAAGUCAACAAUAAACAUGGUCCGAUCGCCCGAGUUGCGCCUCGAGUGCUGAUCACGUCCUCUCCCGAAGUUUGGAUGCACGUAAACAACAAGCCUGGGUACAAGCGCUCUGAUUGGUACUACAGAGCCACACGAAUCGAGUAUCGGAGGGACAAUAUUUUCAGUCAGACUGAUAAUGCGAAACACGAGAAACGGAGGAAGCAAAUGGCUCCAGGGUAUUCGGGGAGGGAGAAUACCCAGCUCGAGGGAUCCGUGGAUGAACGAGUCCAAGAUUUCCUGAACCUCAUCCGAUCCAAAUAUAUCUCGUCCGACCGCCAAGUUAUACCUAUGGACCUAGCAAAGAAGGUUCAAUUUCUUUCACUCGACGUUAUUAGUAGCAUCGGCCUCGGCAAGGCGUUCGGUAUGUUGCGAAGUGACCGUGACGUGGACAACUACCUCCAAUCGAGUGAGGAGGGACUUGCUAUCGGCAACACUUUCCUUGGCAUGGGCUUCGCCUGGAUCACCCAGAUGCCUUUUAUUGGUAGAUUCAUUGCACCUUCGGCCAAGGAUAACAAUGGCUUCGGUAAGAUGAUGGCCGUAUGCUUCCGGCUUGUCGAUGAGCGCGCUGCGAACUCCGCGGAAGAAAAAUCCGAUAUGCUAGCCUCCUUCAUGCGCCACGGCUUAGCAGGUGACGAGCUGCGGACCGAGGCACUAGAGCAAAUCCUUGCGGGCUCUGAAACCACUGCUAGCGCCAUCCGUGGCACCCUUCUGUACAUCAUGACGAAUCCCCGCGUCUACUUCAAGCUCCAGCAAGAGGUCGACGAUGCCGUUCAUCGUGGCCUUGCCCCAAGCAUGAGCGAAGGCCUUGUUACUGCUGCUCAGGCUAAAGGUCUUCCUUACCUCCAGGCCGUAAUCCGCGAAGCUCUGCGACUCUGGCCACCUGUUGCAAACAUCUUCUCGCGCGAUGUCCCGGCAGGUGGCGACACUGUGGUCGUCGAUGGGGAGAGCGUAUUCCUGCCUGGUGGCGCCUGCGUCGGGUACUCGGCAUACGCUAUGCACCAGAGCGAGAAGAUCUAUGGCAACGACGCACAUGUUUUCCGACCCGAGCGGUGGCUUGAGUCAGAUUCUGUCAAGUUGGCUGCCAUGGUUCGGACGAACGACCUCACAUUUGGUCAUGGUAAGUUCCAGUGUUUGGGAAAGGUAGUGGGCCAAAUGGAGAUCGGAAAGACGGUAUUCGAGCUAUUACGCAAUUUCGACAUGGCACUUAUCAAUCCGACGCACCCAUGGAAUGCGACAAACUACCUUGGGCUUUUCGCGAUUUCAAAUAUGUGGGUGCAAGUGACGGAGCGAACGUCCUGUUCUCCUUGA